AUACAGGUGGUUGGGGCGGGCGGACAACCCUUUAAGGAAAAAUUCACGGUCCCGCUCUCCGUACGGGACGGCGAUAAACAACUCAAACAUUCGUUCCUUCUGUCAGACCAAUGUCCGACAAACCUGUUGGGGAGAGAUUUAAUGUGUCGCCUAGGGCUGAGUGUCAUUUGCACCGACGCGGGCCUCACGGUUACCUCCAAUGCAAGCCCCAUGAUCCAAGCAUACUCGUGUGUGGCACGCGCACCAGGGUACUUUUAUUCAUGGGACUUGCUGCGAGAGGGACCGGGAGCAAUAGCUGACAUACUGAUAACGAACGCACACCACUGCAUGCAGAACCAGCCAGAAAUACAAUACAUGCCCACAGAUAAUUUGCAUUGUACUGCCAGAAUGUCUUAUGAUGGACAAAUAGCAGAAGUGGAGGAACAGUGGUACAAAGACGAUUGUAAAACAGCUGUGUUGACGGGGCAGUUGUUGCUUUGGAAUGAGAAAUGUUGCAUGUUAACCGUAGCUUCUAAUGAGGAAGUAAAGGGAUUCUUUCGAAUCCCAGGCUCAGCACCACAUGUGUCCCUUGCAAAAACCCCCGACAUGACAUGGGCUGAAUUGGGCCCAUGGGCAGUGAAAGGGGGGGGAGCAUGUGAUUGGAUACCAGACCCGCAUGGUCCUGAGGGACAAUAUUUCUCACCCGCAACGGGUCUGAGACACAGAGCGUGGGGUGGAGCUUUCGAAACCCGACACUCGGUGCAAAAAAUGCGAGGUGCUACGGGGGAGUCACCAGAGUACUUGCUCCCACAGAUGACGGUGGACGACCCACGAUUGGCUGAGGUCCCACCCACCCUGUGGGCUAAAAGCAAGUACGAUGUGGGCUGCAUACGAAAUGUGGAGCCCCUAACGGUGACUCCCAAAUCAACAUACAGACCAAAGCAACCACAAUACAGACUGCGCCAAGAGGCGAUUGAUGGUAUAACACCUGUUUUCAACUCACUGUUGGAAGCCGGUGUUAUAAUCCCGUGUCCGUAUUCACCAUGCUGUACCCCAAUAUUCCCAGUGAAGAAGGCACCAGUUGAAGGCCAACCUACCGCAUGGCGGUUUGUGCAAGAUUUAAAGAAGGUAAACGAUGCAGUGCAUCCUAGAACACCCAUUGUUCCAGAUCCUCACACACUAUUAACACAGGUACCUGGGAAUAGUAAAUGGUUUUCAGUGGUCGAUUUAGCAAACGCGUUCUUUAGCAUACCGGUGGAUCCUGCGAGCCAAUUCUGGUUUGCUUUUCAAUUCAAUGGUAAGCCAUAUACGUGGACUAGAAUGCCCCAAGGGUAUUGUGAAUCACCGGCUGUUUUUUCAGCAGCGCUCCACGACAAUUUGGAUCAUUUAAUUUUACCGGGGGGGAGCACAUUGAUUCAAUAUGUAGACGACCUCUUAAUUUGUUCCCCUGACCCCGACGUGUGCAAACAGGACACUAUUGUAUUACUACAGUUUUUAGCCAGUCAGGGCCACAAUGCCAGUGUAGCUAAACUACAGUUUGUAUUGCAAAAGGUAACAUUCCUGGGCCACAUCAUCACGCCGAACGGCAGGUCCCUUAGCGAGGAGAGGAUAAAAACAAUUCAAAACAUGCCAAAACCCAUCACAAAGAAACAAAUGAUGGGCUUCCUGGGAACAACGGGCUACUGUAGACAGUGGAUACUCGAUUAUGCAAAUCUGGCACAACCACUCCAAGACAUCACACACAGACAUGGACUGACCCCAAAUAACCACGUGACAUGGACCCCAGAGGCAGACGCUGCUUUUGAAGACCUUAAAAAGGCCCUUAUGGCUCCUCCCACUUUAGGGUUGCCGGACCACAAGCGCCCCUUCACACAGACUGUGGGGGAGCGAAAUGGAUACAUGAACAUGGGGGCAAGAUGCGCCCCAUCGCCUAUUACUCAUCUAAAUUAGAUCCGGUGGCAGCAGGUCUACCACACUGUUUGAAGGCAGUGGCAGCAGCGGCAAUGGCGGUUGCCGCCAGUAGGGGGCUGGUGGGUUACAUGCCAUUAACUUUGCUUGUACCCCAUGAGGUUUCAUCUAUUUUGUUAACCCAAUGUACAUCGCAUCUAACAGCAUCACGAUUCUUGUCAUACUACAACGUGUUGCUUGCAAUGCCUAACAUUACUUUGAAAAGAUGUACUGUAUCAAACCCAGCCACCUUGCUGCCAACCCCUGAAGAUGGGGAACCCCACGAUUGUGUGGCCACCAUUAACGAGGUGUGCACACCACGGGUGGACCUGUCAGACACCCCACUCCCAGCGGGGAAUGAUGUUCUGUUUGUCGAUGGUUCAAGCCGGAAGAAUGUGAUCACAGGUGUUAGUGAAGUGGGCUACGCCAUUGCCACGCAGGACUGCGUGGUGGAAUCAGCAAGGUUACCAUCUAACCUUUCAGCCCAGGCGGCUGAGCUGUUCGCCCUGACCAGAGCGUGUAUACUUUCAGAGGGUAAACGGGUUACCAUUUACACUGAUAGUAGGUAUGCUUUUGGUGUUGUUCAUGAUUUUGGCACACUAUGGAAAAUGCGUGGCUUCCUCACAUCCACGGGCCAACGAAUUAACCAUUCACAAUUGGUUGCUAAUCUACUGGAUGCUAUCCUCUUACCCACUGCCAUCUCUGUUUGUCGAUGUGAAGCACACACAAGGGCUAAGGACUUGAUAUCCAGGGGAAACGCUCUGGCGGACGAGGGUGCUAAGGCGGCUGCCAAAGCCCCGCUUGCCUCCACCUUGCAGAUGACACAACUGACGCCCACAGUUACGAUCGAAGAACUGGCGAAGGCUCAAACCAGGGCCUUACCCGCAGAACGUCAGUUGUGGAAAUCAGCUGGUGCAACAUACCGCAUGGGGUUGUGGUACGGUCCUAAUGGGCGCCCAUGCUUACCUAAAUGUUCAAAAAGGGGGUGUCAAAGGGGGGAAUGGUAGAUAGCAUUGACCAGCACUGGUAUACACAAGGAUUUUCAAACUAUGCACAAAGUUUUUGUGCAAAAUGUAUUGUGUGUGUCACCAACAACAUAGGAAGAGGAAAGAAAGUAGCACCCACUAGCCACCCACAACCAUCACUACCAUUUGAUCACCUGAUGAUGGAUUUUAUAGAGUUAACACCAUGUGAGGGAAAGAAGUAUUGUUUGGUGAUAGUUGACAUGUUUUCCAAAUGGGUUGAGGUAUUCCCCACCAAAGCGGCCGACUCUGCGGCCGUGGCCAAAGCCUUGAUCACAGAAAUCAUCCCAAGGUGGGGAAUCCCAAAGAAAUUGUCCAGUGACAAUGGUUCACAUUUUGUGAACCAAGCCAUCCAGCAGUUGUCCAAGUAUGUAGGAAUUGAUCUACGCAACCAUUGUGCGUACCACCCUCAGAGUGGUGGGGCAGUGGAGAGGGAGAAUGGUACUCUAAAGAACAAACUGGCCAAAGCAGCUGCGGAUACAGGUAUGUCAUGGCUAAAGGUCUUGCCACUGGUCCUCCUGGCCAUGAGAGGACGCACCAGAGUAAAGGUAGGUCUGUCCCCUUAUGAAGUCCUAAUGGGACGGCCGAUGCCAAUGGGGACAGGUGCACCACACAACAGCAACUUGAACACAGAAAUUUUUCAUCACGACAUGAUUGAUUAUUGUGUUAACCUCUCUCGGACUUUGCAAUCCAUCCGUAUACAGGUGAAGGAGGCAUUACCGCUGUCCAAGGAAGGGCAACUCCACGAUCUACAACCAGGCGAUUGGAUUGUGGUGAAGGAUUAUCGAAGACGGACCUGGAACUCACCAAGGUGGUUGGGACCAUUCCAAGUCCUUUUGAUCACAUCAUCAGCUGUCAAGGUAGCUGAGAGGGCCACCUGGAUCCACGCCAGCCAUUGCAGACGGGCACCACCACUCACGCCAACGGUCAUUUCCGACCCAACCGGUAGCUGAGAGGGCCACCUGGAUCCACGCCAGCCAUUGCAGACGGGCACCACCACUCACGCCAACGGUCAUUUCCGACCCAACCCCCUAGGCCGU